CAGGGCGCUAGAGGGUCAGAAAGGACCCGCCUUUCCCAAACUGGGGCCCAGCAGGGUGAAGGUUGUUCCCAAGGCCACGUGAGGCUUCCUCGCCACCAAAAGCCCCAAAGAAGCAGGGCUAAUGCAAGCGGAAAGUUAAGGGCGCCCCAAGCUCUGAGACAGAGCGCCCUGCUGCCGGCGCAAGAGCUGAUCUUCAACAGCUGCCACCGCCGGCCGCCUAGUCCAGCCGAGCCGAGGUCGCGGCCGCAGAGCGAUGUCCCGCCACAGCCUGGACGGGCGUCCCCUCAGGCUGCCCGCGCCGUCGGCCCCGCCGCUUUCGCCGCAGUUGCUGCUGCUGCUGCUGCUUUUGGCUGCUGCCGUGCCGCGGAGCCUGGCAGGAGUCGUCUAUGCAACUGCGUACUGGAUGCCCACUGAAAAGACAGUACAGGUCAAAAACGUACUGGACAAGAAUGGGGAUGCCUAUGGCUUUUACAAUAACUCUGUGAACACCACAGGCUGGGGCAUCCUGGAGAUCAAGGCGGGGUACGGGUCUCAGGCCCUGAGCAAUGAGGUCAUCAUGUUUGUGGCCGGCUUUCUGGAGGGUUACCUCACUGCUCCACACAUGUAUGACCACUUCACAAACCUCUACCCACAGCUGAUUAAGAAACCUUCCAUCAUGGAUAAAGUACAGGAGUUUAUAAAGAAGCAAGAAGAGUGGACACAGAAUAACAUAAAAAAUUACAAAGAUGAUCCGUUUUGGAGACAUACAGGCUAUGUUAUGGAACAAAUGGAUGGGCUGUAUGUAGGAGCAAUGAAGAGGGCACUAUUAAGUGGAGUAAAGCCCAUGACCCUGUUCCAGAUUCAGUUCCUGAACGCUGUUGGAGACCUGUUGGAUCUGAUUCCCUCAAUUUCUCCCAGAAAAAAUUCCAGCCUGCAGGUUUUUAAGAGAUGGGACAUGGGACAUUGUUCUGCUCUUAUUAAGGUUCUUCCUGGAUUUGAGAACAUCUAUUUUGCUCACUCAAGCUGGUACACGUACGCAGCCAUGCUCAGGAUAUAUAAACACUGGGACUUCAACAUCAAAGAUAAAGACACCAGCUGUAGUCGCCUCUCUUUCAGCAGCUACCCAGGGUUUUUAGAGUCUCUGGAUGACUUUUACAUUCUUGGCAGUGGUUUAAUAUUGCUGCAGACCACAAACAGCGUAUAUAAUAAAACGCUCCUCAAGCUUGUGACACCCCAGUCUCUCCUGGCCUGGCAAAGAGUCCGAGUGGCCAAUAUGAUGGCCAAUGAUGGCAAGCAGUGGGCAGAGAUCUUUUCAAAAUACAACUCUGGCACCUACAACAAUCAGUACAUGGUCCUGGACCUGAAGAAGGUAAAGCUGAAUAACAGCCUUGAGCCAGGCACUCUGUACAUUGUGGAGCAAAUUCCUUCAUAUGUAGAAUAUUCUGAACAAACCGAAUUUCUACGGAAAGGAUAUUGGCCCUCCUACAACAUUCCUUUCCAUGAAAAAAUCUUCAACUGGAGUGGGUAUCCAAUGUUAGUUGAGAAGCUGGGUUUGGACUACUCUUAUGAUCUGGCUCCACGAGCCAAAAUCUUCCGGCGUGACCAAGGGAAAGUGACCAAUAUGACGUCCAUGAAAUAUAUCAUGCGAUACAACAAUUAUAAGCAGGAUCCUUACAGUAAGGGUGAUCCGUGCAAUACCAUAUGCUGCCGUGAGGACCUCAACUCACUUAACCCAAGUCCUGGAGGUUGCUAUGAUACAAAGGUGACAUUUAAAUUAGACCAUGAAAGAUGGGAUUUAGAAAUGCAGAAGAAGUCGUGCACCUUUCUGCUAACAGGUAAUGGGGAUGGGAAAGAGGGGAUUUAUAGGCAAACAAGUAUUAACCUUUACUUAGACAUGGGGUAUGUGAAGAAGAAAAGAUGAAUUUGGAAAGGAAGGUUAAAGCCAGAUGACGAAAAAGCAUGAAUACUAAGCUUAGGUAGUCACAAUGACUUAUCUAACACUGGACAUCAAUGUAUCUAGGUUUUAAGAGUACAGUGUUCAUUUUUUCAAAAAAGAUUCACGUGAGAGCCAGGAAAUAGGGAUAUAAGCGAUCUUUUUUUUAAGUGAAACAUAUCAUUGUUCACUGACUUUAGACUGGAAGUCAUGAAACAAGGUUUCCUUAACUGAAAUUCAUUUCACAAAAUUUGUUUUAAUAUGCAUUUCAUUAAAUGGAUAAUUUGUAUACACUGAAUAGUGAAUUCUGUGAUGGCGUGAUGGUAUCUUUUUAAUUUCCAUGCCUUCUCAAAGCUUAGUACCAGAAACAUGCACACAGGAAGAGUUCAGAAACGAUAUGCUGAAUAAUUUCAAGGAAUGUAAAUCUGCUGAAAUUCAUACGCCUAGUGGAAAAAAUUCAUACACACGUCUGGAAAAAAGUACAAUCUACAGUUAAAGAGCUAAAAUAAAUUUA